AUGGCCGAUGGAGUGAAAUUUGGCCGAUCGCGAGCAAGUAAAAUGGCCGACAAUCCAAAUCACGGCAUUUACCGCGGCCACCGGCUCAAAUCACCUCAAUCAAGCAUCCACAUCGCAUCUAAAGAAGAAAAUCCGGAUUGGAACGAGCAGAAUUGGAGAAGUUCCCGGAGCCAAUUUGAAAAUUUUUCAAAGGAGAUCUCAAACCACUCGUUCAAACGACCCCAAACUUCACCAGUCGCCAUAUUAUACAAUAUUGGUCGACGAAAUUUCAAGAUAGGUCGAGGAAAUCUUCACGGUUCGAGCUGUAGUCCAUACCAUCACCAUCCGGUCGACCAAAACGGACCAGUCUCGGCCAAAAAGGCGAAAAACAGAAAACCAAGGGAGAAUUGUCACAUUCAUCCAACCAAAUCCAACAGCUAUGAUGUUUGCACCAGUCAGUUCAUUCCUGGAAGCAACUACAAGCGCACAACCGAUCUUCACAUCAAAGGCCAAAAAUUUGGAUAUUUGAGUCGUGACCCGCGGCGAAGUGGAAAGAGGUCAUUUGGAUCACUCGUUGGACCGGAACUUAUUUUCUACCAAGACAUGUCCGACGAGCGCCUAAGUCUUUUGGAGCAUUCUGGAGCAUGGAAGGACUUGGCGCAUGGACGCAGCUCAACUGGAUACGCAAAGGAAGAAGGAGGAAGCCAUCUUGAAGACCAGCUCGACCAUCUACUCGACCAACCGGUCGAGUUCCUCAACUCGACCGGCCAAGCUUCAACUCGAUCGAGCUGA